AUGCAAUCUUGCAUGCAAAAACGCUUCAUCCUCAUGCCUACACCAGCUCAGCGUGGUUUAGCUAAAGGACAACAGCGCAGACGUUCAAUGAAUAAUAUCAACAAUAAUUAUGAUGAUAUUAAUAAUAAUAGUACGAAUAUGGAUGUGAAUAAUGAGAAAAGAAAUACAAUUGAAGAGAGUGCACACAACAGGGAACAACUCUGUGAGAAUGAAGCGUUUGCAAGCGUUAAGCUACCGAAGUUGUUCAAACGUAAUGAUGAUCACAUGGACAGAGUUUUGAAUGAACUCGAUUUCGAUAAGAAAUUCGCUAGUUUACCUGCGUUCACACCUGAUGAUCCUCAUAAAGGUACCACUUCUCUGCCGUCAACGCCAUCAGCAGUAUUGCGAACAAUAUUAGAAAAGCAGAAGAAUGUUGUGUGCAAUAGUGAUAAUUGUUACGAAAGUGAUAGUAGUCAUUAUGCGUAUUUCGACUAUUAUUCACCAAUGCUCACACCGCAUACGCCUAAAAUGACACCUGACGGCAUGGCUGCUGCUGAACAAAAGCGUGAAUCCUCCAAUAGUAGUACAUCGUCAUCUUUUUUUUUCGGUCCGAAUUUCAAUUUGGCCGCGCUACAUGAUAACACAGUUAAAGUAAAUGAUAGCAGUAAUACAAGUAUGAGCCAAAAUCAGGAUACAUACUACGAUAUAGCAGCAAAAACUUCGUAUGAUAACAGUAAUAAUAAUAACUGCAAUGAGAAAUCAUCAAGUAGAAAAUUAUUGGAUCAUAGAAGGCAGUUGGUGGUGGAAUUAUUGGAGCAGUAUGGAAUGUUUCCAUCAGGUCAAGCAACUGCAUCGUUCCAAGAUAAGCAUCGUCAGUUCUUUCCGAACAAACAAACACUUACAAUGAAAAUUCGAGAAGUUCGUCAAAAAAUGAUGGCCACAAUGCACUCUCCACUGACGCCGUCUGGCGGUAUGUCUUUUGGAUUAUUUCAUAAUAGAUCUGAUCGUCUCCAUUCCCUUCACAACAUAUAA